CCCGUGCUAUACAUUGCUCGACCGCUUUGCCCCAGAGAUAUUCACAUGAUCGCGGCAUCAUCCGCCCCCAUGUGAUAUCCACAGCGCUUAUUUUAAUUAUAUCAUGCGCGUCUCGCCGUAUACCCACCCACGCAUCAUCUACAAUCAAUCUCAUCAUUUCUGCAUCGUUGACAUUUUGCUGGCAUUCCAUAUUUCUAUUGCCAUAUCUUCACUCCAUCAUAUCAUAUAUACCAUGUUCUCAUUCCGUUUUGCAAUGGUUUUCUAUAAUCUUCUAGUAUCGCCUACUUUCUUCAUCGAACUACGAAACACAUUAAAAUGGCAGUAUUCUUUCGCCAAAUGUGUACCUUUUCUUGUUCAAUGUACAAUGUAUCUCGUCACGAACUUUCACGAUCUAGGUUGCAUAUGCACAUAAUAGUCAUGGUAUUAUAAAACGUUCGCGUUCUUUCGCUGGC